AUUACAAAACAACAUUCAGCAUGGCGUCAACAACGAGCAAACGUGUUGUUUACGUUGGUGGCCUAGCUGAGGAAGUUGAUGACAAGAUUAUUCAAGAAGCUUUUAUCCCAUUUGGAGAAUUGGUUGAUAUAAACAUUCCACUGGAUUAUGAAACAGAAAAACACAGAGGCUUUGCAUUUAUUGAGUUUGAAUUGGCUGAGGAUGCAGCUGCAGCUAUUGACAAUAUGAAUGACUCUGAACUUUUUGGAAGGACUAUUCGUGUGAAUUUAGCUAAACCCAUGAAAAUGAAGGAAGGAGCAUCAAGAGCAGUGUGGGCUGAGGACUCGUGGUUACAGAAGCAUGCCGGUGAAACACUCAACAACAAGGACACAGAAGAAGAAGAAGAAGGAGGAGAUGGGGAUGGGGAACAAGGCACUAAAAGAUCAGCUGAAGAAACAGAUGAGUCAUCACAGCCUGUAGUAAAGAAAUCACGUGAAAAUCCUCAGGUGUAUUUUGAUAUUACGAUUGGUGGUCGUCAGACAGGGAGAAUAGUCAUUGAACUGAAGGCAGACGUCGUACCGAAAACUGCAGAAAAUUUCCGAUGUUUGUGUACUCACGAGAAAGGCUUUGGCUACAAGGGCAGCACAUUCCACAGAAUUAUUCCCUCUUUUAUGUGUCAAGGAGGAGAUUUUACAAAUCAUAAUGGUACUGGAGGAAAAUCCAUAUAUGGAAAAAAGUUUGAAGAUGAAAACUUUGUCCUGAAACAUACAUCACCAGGUACUUUAUCCAUGGCAAAUUCAGGGCCCAACACGAAUGGAUCACAGUUUUUCCUUACUACAGAGAAAACAGACUGGUUAGAUGGCAAGCAUGUUGUUUUUGGCCGUGUCACAGAAGGGAUGGAUGUGGUGAGGAAAAUGGAGACUUGUGGAAGUAAGGGUGGAGAACCAACCAAUAAAGUCGCCAUAGCUAAUUGUGGAGAGUUUGUUUAGCAGUGACUUCAGGUGUGGAAUGUGUACAAAUACAUUAUGAAUGGAAUCAACGUAAGCACACUAAAUGACAUGUAGCAUUGUGGUCAACAUAAUUCAGUUUGUCGUCAAAGACAUUAAUAACUGUCAAGAGGACAGAAUGGCUUGUGCUACUUUACAUAAAGUAAAAUGCCAACAGUUUUUACCAAAUUACUUUAGGGUAAGAAUAAAAGUUCAUUUUUAAUGGAUGGAUGGAUGGUUCUUCCUUUAGAAGUGGUGGUGACUCGGUCAUUAUUCUUCCUGAAGGAAAUACUAGUUGUACCUUACAAAAGUAAUGUUGGUCAACAGUUUGAGUGGACGUCACAAACACGACACGACUAGCCGUCUGCUGUAGUAAGUAGUUGCAGUGGGUAGCAGCUAAAGUGUUUCUUCAUUUACAAAUGGAACAGCGAUUAACGGAAACAUUUUAAUCAGUGAUAAAGGGAAAAUUUCUUUUAGUGUUUUCCCCAUCUUCAUUUCUGGAGCAGCAGUUAAUUGUGUGAACAAAAAUAUAACAUAAAAACAGAUGUUAUACCAAACUGCUGAAGAGUAUUCUGCUCAAACUUCUUUGAAAAAGUCUGUUUACAUAUGUGUUGUGUAAUUGUGAAACUUUUAAUUAAAAAAAAACGUAUACCAAACAA